AUGUCCUAUAUCCUUGUCACCGGCGGUGCCGGUUAUAUCGGUUCUCAUACCGUCAUUGAGCUCAUUAACCAUGGCUAUAAAGUUGUUAUAGUCGAUAAUUUGGUUAAUUCUUCAUACGACUCAGUUUCACGAGUCGAGUACAUUGUGAAGCAGAAAAUUCCCUUCUACAAGAUUGAUCUCAGAGACUCUGAUGGCUUGUCCAAAGUGUUUGAUGACUAUCCUAUUUCUGCGGUUAUCCAUUUCGCAGCUCUUAAGGCAGUGGGUGAAUCUACUACCAUCCCUCUAAAGUACUUUGAGAACAAUGUAGGGUGCACCAUUUCUCUCUUGAACGUUAUGAAGUACCAUAAUGUCAAGACGGUUGUCUUUUCAUCCUCUGCCACCGUCUAUGGUGAUGCUACCAGGUUCGAGAAUAUGAUUCCUAUUCCUGAAGAGUGUCCAACUGGUCCUACGAAUCCUUACGGUCAUACUAAGUUGACCAUAGAAACCAUCUUGAAGGAUUUGCAUGCCAGUGACCCUCAAUGGAGAGCAGCCAUUCUCAGAUACUUCAACCCUAUUGGAGCACAUCCUUCCGGAUUAAUCGGUGAGGAUCCUUUGGGUAUUCCAAACAACUUGUUGCCAUUCUUGGCCCAAGUGGCCGUUGGAAGAAGAGCCAAGCUCAGUAUAUUUGGCGACGACUAUGAAUCUCACGAUGGUACUCCUAUCAGAGACUAUAUCCACGUUGUCGAUUUGGCCAAGGGUCAUAUCGCUGCUUUAAAUUAUCUAAGCAGCUUGAAGCCUUCUCAGGGUCUUUACAGAGAGUGGAAUCUCGGUACAGGUAAAGGUUCAACUGUAUUUGAUGUCUACCAUGCCUUCUGUCGCGCUGUUGGACAUGACCUUCCUUAUGAAGUCGUCGGACGUCGUGAUGGUGACGUUCUUAACUUGACAUCGAAACCAAACAGAGCUAAUAAGGAGUUGCAAUGGAUGGCACAUCUUACUAUUGAUGAUGCCUGCAGAGAUUUAUGGAAUUGGACUACAAAGAAUCCACUUGGAUUCCAUGUCAAGAACUAUUCUGUUAAUGAAGAUGCUUAUGGUGAGGAUAGAGUCCAUACUGUAGAAUAUCCCGGCUUUAAAGUUUCUAUUGCCAACUACGGUGCCACCAUAAUCGAUAUAGAGGUUAAUGGAAAACCCGUUGUCUGUAAGUUCGACAACUUGAGAGACUAUCACUUGCCUUCGAAUCCAUGCUUUGGAGCUACUAUCGGUAGAUAUGCUAACAGAAUUGGAGGCGCUCAGUUCACCAUCGGCGGUAAACAGUACGAUGUUGAGAAGAAUGAGGGAGCCAAUUGUUUGCAUGGAGGUUCGCAUGGAUUCAAUACCCAAUAUUUCUAUGGACCUAUUGCUACUCAUAGCGAGGAAGACGAUUCAACUACUCUGAAGUUUGUCAGCUUCGACAAGGAUGGUCAUGCUGGUUUCCCUGGUGAUUUGAUUACUACUGUGGCCUUUAAAGUUCAACCUAAAUCUCUUGAAUUUGAGUUCGAGAGUAGUCUUUCGCCAAAGUCUUCAGUUGAUGCUACUGUGGUUAAUUUAACCAAUCAUUCCUACUUUAACUUGUGUGGUGAGGGUACCAUCAACGAAACCGAACUUUUGUUGGCCUCCAAUAACUUCCUUGAAGUAGACAGUGCACUUCUUCCAACACGUUCCAUCAAGAAAUGGACCAGGCCGGAUGUCUCUAAGCCUUUCACUGUCGGAACUGCUGUGUUCGAUAAUUGUUUCGUUCUCAGUGACUAUUCUUCCAAGUUGGACACUCGUAAGGAGCGUAUGGUUGAUGUUGUUCAUGCUUCUCAUCCGGGUUCUAAAGUGAAGCUCACCGUUUCCACUACAGAGCCAUCCUUCCAGCUCUAUACUGGUGAUGGUGUUGAUACUAAAGGCUUCUUCCACAGGGCUGGUUUCGCAGUGGAGCCUUGUAGAUUUGUCAAUGCUGCAAGAGUAGAUGACUGGAAAAAGCAAGUGGUUCUUAAGAAGGGCGAAGUCUAUGGCUCUAGAAUUAGAUAUACCUUUGAAUGA